AUGAAUUCCUUUUGCAUGAACACACUCGCCAAGCACCUGCCUUCAGUAUGUCGGCAAUCUCAGAACCGGGCUGUCAGCUUCCAGACUGUUCGCUCGAUCUCGUCCACGCCAAAUGUCAGCGCCGGCCUUAAGGACCGCAAGUCCUCGAUCGAGAGCCAAAUCCUCAACCGCAACCCCCAGAGCUCCGGCGAUUCGUCACCAUUGUCCGCUAUUACAAAGAUGAUGCAGGAUGGCUCCUCCAAUUCCCGUGUCAGCUCCGAUUAUGCCAGACUAGCUGAGAGCCUCGAGGCCGAUAUGAUGAAAAACCCCUACGCGGACCGCGCCCCUCCUCACCACAUGCACGUCUUCACCCACAAACACAACACUAUCAUCACUUUGACACGGCCCAAUGGAUCUCCUAUUUUCUCUAUUGGUGCCGGUCAAAUUGGCUUCCGCAAGGCUGGCCGUGGUGGCUUCGACCCGGCGUAUCAACUGUCGGCCCACGUGAUGACCCAGAUCAAGGAACGUGGAUUGCUGAUGGAGCUGAAGCGACUUGAGAUCGUUUACCGUGGCUUCGGAAAGGGCCGAGAGGCUUUCACCAAGGUACUUCUUGGAAACGAGGGUCGUCACAUUCGUGGACUGGUCAGCCGAGUGACCGAUUCGACUCGUCUCAAGUUCGGUGGUACUCGUAGCCGCAAGGUUCGCAGACUGGGUUAA